AUGGGUGGCAAAACGUGGUCCAAGCUGGAGGAGCGCUUCUUCUGGAAGACGAUUGUCCCACAAUCGCCAAAGGCUGUGAAACCGUCCGAUCGAAUCAACGACUGGAAGGUGUGCGCCGAAAUCAUGCAAAGAGAGAUGGGGGUGAAUGCGCGCCGCAAGUAUUCGAAGCUUAUGCUUUUCGAACACUAUUUCCAAAACGUGCAGACGGGCCACAGAUCGCCUUGUGCUCGCGAGUUUGUGGUGGAGCAUAAGCGUGAGCUCGGUGAGUUCCGCAAGCGC